AUGUUCAUACCGGCAAGCUCUCUCGGCCCAAUCCAUCCAGACGUCUCCAUUUUCCUCAUUGGGUCUUCUUCUCCUGGGGAUACCACCCGGUCCGGUUUCCAAUCGAUUCACCGCCUCUGCCCAGUAGGCGAUGGCCAUCGUCCUGCAAACGGUGGCCCUGUUCCCACACCGUACGAUCUCUUUGCCCGUUUCGAUACACCACUUCGUCGUCGCAUCCUCGCCUCGUGGCGCCCUAGGACAGCUACUGUAACCAAAGCUGGACGACCCUCUUCCACCGUUACCGGACUGAUGAUCCCCAUUGCCUUCUCACAAUGGUCUAUUGUGGGAAGGCUUCCUUGGGCUGUGAUAGUUGCCGAACCAGGCGAAUUAGGCAACCAUGUUUCUAACCAAUUCCGGGCUUUCCAGUGUGACAAGGUCAAGCCGAACUGCACACAAUGCGUGCGUGUAGGCAAGCAAUGCCCCGGCUACCGGGACCAGCUGUCCCUCAUGUUCCGAGAUGAGAGCAGCAAGGUCAUGAAGAGAGCCCACGCUCGCUGGGGUGCAGACACGAUCGAUGGCCAGGCCGGGCCCUCCUCUUCGCGGGCCUCGUCCACACCCGACUCCGCGAUGGGCGGUGCAUCGACCCCGACGGCUCUCUCGGCAGUCUCGCCUCACCCGGGGAGAAGCGUCUCAAGAAGUCGAGAUACUCAUGCUAGUCCGACACCGGUGGCCAUGACCCCUCAAGGCCCGAAUGGCGACCCCGAGGACGAGGUGCUCCGGCUUUUCAAGACUGUCGGCGCCAGCCCUACCGAGCGCGGGGUGCAAUUCUAUGUCGACCACUAUGUCUUGGGCCAUCCAGAAGAGCCCAAGACAGUCGGAGAGCUCUUCGAGAGGCAGUGGUUCGUCGACCCGCUGCCUCAGCACCUGAUGGCUGCCAUUGGACUGGGGGGCAUGUCCAACUUGCGUGACGACCCUGCGACGAAGGAUCUGGCACGGGCCGAGUAUGUCCUCUCCCUGCAAGAGGUCGGCAAAGCGAUACAGAAGCCACAAGCGUUUGACCCGCAUCUUCUCAUGCGCUGCGUCGUGAUGCUGGCGCUCUUCGAAGUCGUCAAGGGAACCCACGUUUCUUCGCACAGCGCCCACGCGCACAUACUCGGCGCUGCGGCGCUGAUGAAGAGCUUGAUUCCCAUACGCAACACUCCGGGCUUGGGCCUCAAGGGCCUGAUGCAACUGUGCUAUUCCAUGCUCAUACCCUGCAUCAUCACGGGGGUCGACCUCCCGUCGGCCUUCUUCGACUGGACGACCACGAGCAGCCACCUGAUGCCGCCGGAGGAGAGGGCGUCGGUCGAGCUCCUGACGCUGCUGGUCGAGUUCGUGCGGCUCUCGCACUGCGUGCGGACGCAGGCGUUCGCCGACGGCGCGCCCGAGACGGACGGGCUCCUGACGCGGGCGAUCGCGCUCGACGCGGCCCUGGAGCGCUGGGAGGACGGCGCGGCGGGCAAGUGGCGGUACGCGGCCUGCCGGGGCGACUUCCCCGCCGAGGCGUGCUUCCGGGGCCGCUACCACCGCUACGAGGACAUGUGGACGGCGCGCGUGUGGAGCCACUACCGCUGGGGCCGCGUGCUGCUGCUGCAGCUCAUCGCCGACCUGGCGCGGCGGUACCCGGCGUCGAGCGCGGCCCACGUCGCCGCCGACGACGAGGCGCACAUCCUCGAGACCGUCGCCCGCGUCGCCGAGGACGUGCUCGUCAGCGUCCCCACGCACUGGCGCCACCCGGCCCUGUCGGCCGCGCAGCGGGCCGAGCUCGAGACGUCGACCGGCGCCGCGGCCGGGGGCGCCGGCGCCGCCGGCGUCCCGGCCGUCAUGUUCCACCUGCGGGCGGCGGCGUGCGCGCCCGGCGUGCCCCCGGGCCACUUCCGGUGGGCGCUGGCGCUGAUGGAGGCCGUCUGGGGCGACAUGGGCAUGCUGCAGGUCCGGUCGCUGAUGGAGCUCAUGCGGGCGCACCAGGAGGCCGUGCAGCGGGGCGGGUACGGCGGACGCAGGGCCAGCCGGGACCCGUGGGAGCAGUGA